CGUGGGCCAUGGGAUGCUGCCGCCCGCUCCGACUGAGCUCCAGCUCCGGUUUUUCCCUCCACCAUACUCUCCCCCUCCCCUCCUCUCCUUUAACUCCCCCCUCCUGGGCUCGGGACUGGUUUCCUCCCUUAGCCCGCUGCCCUCAAUCCCGGCGAGGCUGGGGCUUCGGCUCGGCGUCCCCUUCUUUGCUCCCUCUCCUGACGCCCCAUGUUGCCCCCGCCUGGACCCUGGCUCCCCCAGCCCCCCACUUAGGCUGGCGCACAAAUCUCGGGGUGCUGGCGCGUGGGCUAGGGGCGCGAAGGGCGCCUGCAGACAGCCCUUGCGAGGGCUCUUGGGCUGAGCGCUCUGGAGCCGGGGACGCGGGGACAGCAGGAAGCAGGUCCGCGUGGGAGUUGGGGGCACCAGCCACCCACGGGGUGACCGGAGCUGAACAGUCCGCCAAAGGAGGCAAUCACCCCUGGGGGUUCCAGGCAGAGGGUGGUUAUGUGCUGUACCCUCAGAUCGGGGACCGGCUAGACCUGCUUUGCCCCCGGUCCCGGCCUCCUGGCCCCCACUCCUCUCCUAAUUAUGAGUUCUAUAAGCUAUACCUGGUAGGGGGUGCCCAGGGCCGGCGCUGCGAGGCACCCCCUGCCCCAAACCUCCUUCUCACCUGUGACCGGCCAGACCUGGAUCUCCGCUUCACCAUCAAGUUCCAGGAGUACAGCCCUAACCUCUGGGGCCACGAAUUCCGCUCACACCACGAUUACUACAUCAUUGCCACAUCUGAUGGAACCCGGGAAGGCCUGGAGAGCUUGCAGGGUGGCGUGUGCCUAACCAGAGGCAUGAAGGUGCUUCUCCGAGUGGGACAGAGUCCCCGAGGAGGAGCUAUCCCCCGUAAACCUGUGUCUGAAAUGCCCAUGGAGAGAGACAGAGGGGCAGCUCACAGCCUGGAGCCUGGGAAGGAGAACACGCCAGGUCUGUUCUGUUCUUCCCUAGCAUCUUCCUCCUUACAUCUCCCUUUACCCUCUUGGCUUCUUAUCCCGUGCCUCUCCCAUCUCCUAGGUGGGGGCAUCAAAGCACUUCUCCCCUUAGCUCUCAGCCCCGCUUCUGACCUCUCAUACCAACCACUCCCCUCAGUCCACCAAAAGUGGGGGCCCUUAUGGGGAAGGCUCUGGCACACCACCCCUGCUCAGGGCAUGGGUAGUAGGGCCUCCUCUGCUCUGCCCCAAGCCUCUACAUACUUACUCCAGCCAUUUGGGGUGGUUGGGUCAUGACAGCUACCAUAAGAAGAAGUGUCCUGUUCUGUCCAGUGGCUGACAGCAAGAUAUGAACCAGUUGGGACAUUGUGGACUUGGUCUGAUGCUGAAAGGGCCACUUGGGACAGAAAGUGACUCUCUCCAGACAAGAAGUGGCUAGGCCUGGACAGAAGUGGCCUGGAAAGUGGCAGAAGCAGUGCAGCAGGAACUGGAAGUGCCUUCAUCCAGGACAGGAAGUAGCACUUCUGAAAUAGGAAGUGGUCUGGCUGGAACUCCAAGUGGCUUAGUCUGGGGGGGUUGGGGGUGGGAGGUGGAUGGUUCUUACCUGUGGAGAAGCGGGCAGGAGGAACUUCCUGUUUCAAGAGGAAGCUGGAACUUAACUGUAAGAGGACAGAGGUGGACUGAGGAAGACUUUCCUAGCAUUCAGUGGCACUUCCCAGUAUCUCCCUUUCCAUGUGCUCUGUGUGAUUUUAAGACAGCUAAGAUGACUGCCAUCUGCUAUGGCAGGCCCAAUUUGUCUUGUUUGUCCCUUCCUGUAUCUCAGUAUAAUCUCUGUUAAUCAACAGAACUACCCCAAGAGCCCGUGUUCUCCCCCAGUAACCAGAUGGCUGUCUUGUUCAUUGCAUCUUCCCUUCAGAGCCAACAUGGCUCCCUUCUUAGUGACCAAAAUGGUGGCCUACCAACUGGUCUAGCUGACAGUGGUACUUAGAAAUGACCACUGUUUCCAUAGUCACCAGCCUAUACCUCUUCCUGCUCUCUAGUGCACAGUUGGCUGUUGCCUCAGUUUCCUCCCAUCUCAGUUUUAUUAGAUCAAAGCUGCCCUUGGACAUCAAGUCACCUCAAUCACCAGCCAAGAUGGUUGCUUUGUCCACCAGAGGUCAAGUCAUCUCUCUGGUGCUGUAUAGUUCCCAGCUCCUUCCAGGGAACAGGAAGUUGAUAUUGCCAUGGGGGAGGUGGCGGGGUAUGGCCGUCACCUCACUAGUUUUACUGUAAAAGGGAAAUUUGAACAACAAAAACCAAAAAAAGAAUAAAAAAC